GUUCAAGAUAAAACUUGGAUAUAAAAACCAAAGAGAUUUUGAUUCGGAUCAAUAUUCAGGAACAAGCAACAGAUUCAAUAACAAGCAAGCGAGCUAAGAGUACCAGGCAAAUAACCAAAUCUGAGAGUUAGAGAGGGGCCCAAAAGUCGAGAUGGUAUCGAAAGUUUUGGUUUUCUCCCUGGCUGUCUCCUGCAGUGUGGCCUUUCCACGAAAUAUCAAUCAGUAUGAUUACUUCAAAUGUCCCAAUGUCAUGCAAGCUCAUCACUUAACCCGAGGUUUCCCUGGCGUGGUUGCUCACGGAUUACAUUCUAUCUCCUUGGAAGACCUUCAAUACUACUUUGACGCCUCAGCGUCCAAAGACAACCACGUGCCCACAAUCAACCUGGAUUUGGUCUCCGAGCAUGCAGUUUUGGGCUAUGCUCCAUCUGUGAGCCUGGAUCAUCCAUUUCCCUCCCAGUUUAUGAGAGCGGUGGAUCAGGUUCUUUCCCACAUGGAUGAUCCCAACUAUGACGUCAAGAAGUACAGCACAUUGGAACGAUUGGUUCAUGUCAUGCACAUGAAUGAGAUGUGGAAAAUGGCCAAGCCUCAUUACGAUAAACUUGUCGCGAACCCACCGAAAGAUCCUAGGAUUUGUCCCUGCGUCAACGAUGUUGAGAACAAUGGAAUCCUUGACAUGUUGAACUUCAUGGCCUUGAAGAUAAGGGAACCCGAACUCAUGUAUGGGCACCAUCUUACCCGUUAUGAAGGCUCUGACCGAUUGAAAUUGGUCAAGGACGACGACGAGGAGGCUUUGGAAGAUAAGGACAAGCUUGAUUGGCACGACAUUGAUUACUACUUUGGCAAGGACGGUCACCAGUCAAAUCAGAAACCCAUCAAAGAGAAUAUGGAUUGGGAAAACAAUGUCUACAAAUUCCCUUCUCCGACACAUCAAGAGAAGUUGGAUUGGCAUGACAUUGACUACUAUUUUGGCAAGGAUGGUCAAGAAAAGGCUCAAGAGACAUCCAAAGAAAAACUGGAUUGGGAAGGCAAUCUGUACCAAUUUGACUUCAAGAAUGAUGAUGAUGAUGAUGACGACAAGGACACCAAAACACAUUCCAAAAAGGCUCCCAGGGAGAAUUUGGAUUGGGAAGGCAAUCUGUAUCAAUUUGACUUCAACAAAAACGAACCAAAUCCACCCACAAACCCUCAUGAGAAGCUCGAUUGGCACGACAUCGAUUACUAUUUCGGUAAGGAUGGACAAAAGAACACCCAAAAGAACAUUCAAAAGCGAUCAGUGGAUCCAAAUGAGCCUACACGAGACAACUUUGCCAAACAGAAGGGCAUGCCCAAAUUGAGCAGUGAAACAGCUUGGAAAUAUUGGAAAAAUGAGAUCUCUGGAAUGGAGGAGAUCAGCGACUAUGAACUCGCCAUGUUCUUGUAUUGUGCUCUGAAUCACAAUUGAGUCUGGCAAACACAUACGAGAGGCGCCUUGCCUUCUACCUAUUGCCAUUACCAAAGCUAAGCAUGAUCUUCUUUCCAAAGACUUUUAUUUAAAGUUAUUCAACACUGAAUUGCAAAUGUUGUGCCAAAUAAAUUCCACUUGAAGCAAAAA